GCCACUGCCAUCACCGGGCCACCAUUCAGGACGACCGUCAUCGAGCUACCAUUCAGGACGACCAUCAUCGGGCUUCCAUUCAGGACGACCAUCAUCGGGCUGCCAUUCAGGACGACCAUCAUCGGGCUACCAUUCAGGAUGACCAUCAUCGGGCCACCAUUUAAGACGACCAUCAUCGGACUACCAUUCAGGACGACCAUCAUCGGGCCACCAUUCAGGACGACCAUCAUCGGGCAACCAUUCAGGACGACCAUCAUCGGGCCACCAUUCAGGACGACCAUCAUCGGGCCACCAUUCAGGACGACCAUCAUCGGGCCACCAUUCAGGACGACCAUCAUCGGGCCACCAUUCAGGACGACCAUCAUCGGGCCACCAUUCAGGACGACCAUCAUCGGGCCACCAUUCAGGACGACCAUCAUCGGGCCACCAUUCAGGACGACCAUCAUCGGGCCACCAUUCAGGACGACCAUCAUCGGGCCACCAUUCAGGACGACCAUCAUCGGGCCACCAUUCAGGACGACCAUCAUCGGGCCACCAUUCAGGACGACCAUCAUCGGGCCACCAUUCAGGACGACCAUCAUCGGGCCACCAUUCAGGACGACCAUCAUCGGGCCACCAUUCAGGACGACCAUCAUCGGGCCACCAUUCAGGACGACCAUCAUCGGGCCACCAUUCAGGACGACCAUCACCGAGCUACCAUUCAGGACGACCAUCAUCGAAAAUGAAAUAUGCUCAAGUUGCGUUCACUUAAUUGACUGUUAG